CCGGUCACACGCCACGAGCCUUGCCUGGCGACUCGUCCACGUCCGCCUUGGCCAGAGGCUCCGCCAGCCAAAGACACGCCCGCGUGCACCUUGCAUCCGCUUCCCACCAACGAAAAAGGGCAACUUGACUUUCCGUGUUGGUGUCCAGAUGCAACUCUCCUCGUUCAAGUAAAAGUCCCACCAUGGGGAUCCUCGUUAUCAGAGUAUGGAUGGGUGCGAGGUUGGUUCGAUCUGUGUGCGCUUGGCAUUUUCGUAGUUGCUGCCGCAACUCCACGACUUCUGAUACGCCAUGGUGGCCGUCCUCAAGUCCAUGCUCGCUCUUGUACUGGUGGCGUCGGUUGCAGGGCAAACCACCCCCAACCCGUCGCCCUCGAGCAGCCCCCCCACUCGUCCGCCUGACACAACCCCAUCGCCCACAACGGCCCAAAUGACGACGAUUGCCCCCACGACGGCAGUUCCAACGACCACGACGCGGCCGUGGACGACACCAGUGGUAACGACGACUACCGUCCAGCCACCAACAACAGCCGCGCCGCAAACGACAGCAACUACAGCGCCUACCAAACCACUCACGGAAGCCGUCAUGACCACGGCGGCCCCGCCUACGACAACGAUUCCCGCCACACCCGAACCAACGUCUGAAAGCACGCAAGAGCCGGCGCCCGUCAAACAAGCCAUGGCAACUACAGUCGCUCCCGACUCCAGUUCCUCGGACUCGUUCAACGUGACAACAAUUGUCCUUGUGACAGUCCUCGCAGGUGCCUUGGUUGUCGCGGCUAUUCUGGUCUACCGGCGGCGCCUGCGGGCGGCGCAGGCGGAGCGGACCACGAAAAUCAGCUACCCUCUGUCCCCCGGGCACAUUUUCUCGUCGUCGACGCCGUACUCGGAAGUGUUCAUCCGACCGAGCGAGAUCAUGUCGCCAUGGAGCGACGGUUACGAGUCGGCGCGAUUCCAAGAAAUGGUCCGCACCCGCGUUAACUUGUCUUAGAUUCCGUCGGGCAUCAUUAAUUUAACAUCGCUUUCAUUGUCCA